CAGGAAGACCCGGGCCUUCGGGCGGAAGUGGCGGGACCCGAAGGCCUUGGAAGGCCGGAGUGGGCGUCGCGGGGGUUUGCACCGACUGACUCGUUAUCGGCGCUCCUGCAUCUGCCCACCUCCUCCGCACCCUGCUCCGGGUCGUCAUGAAGGACUCGCUGGUGCUGCUGGCCCGCGUCCCGGCACACCCGGACUCCCGCUGCUGGUUCUUGGCCUGGAACCCCGCGGGAACCUUGCUGGCGUCGUGCGGUGGUGACCGUAGAGUCCGCAUCUGGGGAACAGAAGGUGACAGCUGGAUCUGCAAAUCUGUCCUUUCCGAAGGCCACCAGCGCACUGUGCGGAAGGUGGCCUGGUCUCCCUGUGGCAAUUACCUAGCCUCUGCCAGUUUCGAUGCUACCACGUGCAUUUGGAAAAAGAACCAGGAUGACUUUGAGUGUGUAACGACUCUGGAGGGCCAUGAAAAUGAGGUCAAGUCAGUGGCCUGGGCUCCUUCUGGCAACCUCCUUGCCACCUGCAGCCGAGAUAAGAGUGUGUGGGUCUGGGAAGUUGAUGAAGAUGAUGAGUAUGAAUGUGUCAGUGUCCUCAACUCUCAUACACAGGAUGUCAAGCAUGUGGUUUGGCACCCAAGCCAAGAGCUGUUAGCCUCUGCCAGCUAUGAUGACACAGUGAAGCUCUACCGGGAGGAAGAAGAUGAUUGGGUAUGCUAUGCCACCCUUGAAGGCCAUGAAUCCACGGUGUGGAGCUUAGCCUUUGACCCCAGUGGCCAGCGCCUGGCGUCUUGCAGUGAUGACCGUACUGUGCGUAUCUGGCGCCAGUAUCUACCAAACAACGAGCAAGGGGUGGCAUGCAGCGGCUCUGACCCCAGCUGGAAAUGUAUCUGCACUUUGUCAGGCUUCCACUCCAGGACCAUUUACGACGUUGCUUGGUGUCAGCUGACAGGGGCCCUGGCCACAGCUUGUGGGGAUGAUGCCAUCCGUGUGUUUGAGGAGGAUCCCAGCUCAGAUCCACAGCAGCCCACCUUCUCCCUGACAGCCCACUUGCCUCAGGCCCACUCCCAGGAUGUCAAUUGUGUGGCCUGGAACCCUAAGGAGCAGGGGCUCCUGGCCUCCUGCAGUGACGACGGGGAGGUGGCCUUCUGGAAGUAUCAGCGACCAGAAGGCAUCUGAGCUACCUUGACCUUGGAGAGCUACCUUGACCUUGGACAGAAUCAUGGCUUCCCAGAAAAUGCUGUAAGACUUUCCCAGCCCCAAGAGGACCUAGAAAAGCAUCCCUGACCUUCGCUUAACUUGGCCCUCUUCCAUUCACACCUGGGUAGAAGUACAGAGUCACAGAACUGCUCACUCUCCCCAUCCUUUGACAUGGGACCCUUGGUAAAGAGCUACAGAACAUCCAGUGCAUUGUGGUCAUGCCACAGAUCUUGCUUGCUUGAGGGCAGUGUUAAGUUUUGGGGGAUGAAUAUAGUAUUUAUAAUCACCUUAUCUCUAUGUAGAAAGGAUGCCUCUUAGGCCUUUCAGAAAUUGGAAGCUUUGUAGAAAUAGGUCAUCUGAGUCCCAAGUCCAAUUUUAUAAGGACAUUCACAAUUUAAAAGAAGUCCAUGGUGAGUCCUUUUCUGAAAUUGGUCCUGCCUUCCUGAUUUCUGGGUAAUCCUUACAGAUAAGACGUUCAAAUCAAGGUUGAAGGAAACUUUUUAACGUAGGCUGGUUUAGAGGAAGAUACACUUCUGCUUUCCCUUAGAAACCCUCGUGUAUCUUCUGUGCCAUAUGCUGUGGUGGCAACUGAAAAUGCUGAAAAAUAAAUGAAGACGUGAACACUAGAAGUUA